CGAAUUCAUCUUAUUUACGUCUCAUGCCAUCACCAUCACCAUCACCAUCACCAUCACCAUCACCAUCACCAUCGCCGGCGUUAUUCCCGCCGCGUCGACGUCAUCAUCGUUAUCUCUUUAAGCCAUUUCGAUGCGUUCCACUUCAGCAACAAGAACCCCAGCUCGAGCAGGGUGAUUUCGAUGAAGCAGUGAUUUUGUGUGAGGAUUGUAACGGGAAAGGAUGGUUGCUCUGCGAUUUCUGUAAUGGACAGAAAACAAAUGUGAAGUCUGAGAACAAUCGAAUCUAUCGACGUUGUCCAACUUGUAAAGCUGUGGGAUUUGUGUUGUGUAGAAAGUGUAAAGUGUUCAAGUGUGUCACAUUUCCUAAUUCUGAAGACGGCGAUAAACUUAUGUUCUAAGCUCUCCUUGUGGUAUCAAAACUCUUCUUCUCCAACUAAGGACACCAUUUGAGUUUUCAGGUUCCUUUCUUCUUCCAAUUGUUAUAUAUAACUGUUGUUCUUACUCGCCAAGCUUGAAUAUCAAAUGUAGCCAUAUGUAUGAUAAGCACAUUGUAACAUUAAUCAGACUAGUGAUUGCAUUGGCUUCUUUACUGAUCUUUAUGUUCAUGUGUGAAGCUGACUUUCUAACCUUUCCUGGUUGAUUUUUGUCUGUAAUGUGUCUCAUUGAUUUAUCCUUAAAAAAUGUGAUUUCAUUGU